AUGAUCAAUCUCAGUUUAUAUUAUUUGCGUAUCACUGCAGCAGCGGGGGCUACUUGGGUGUCUUCGCGCGCGGUGGUGCUGCGGCCCUCGGGGGGGAGCACCUCUGGAGGAGGAGGAGGUCGAGGAGGCCUUCGCCGCGGGUGGGAGUUAAGUUCCUUCCUUCUGCUCUUUCCUCCCGCCCAGAGCGAGCCCGUCCAGAAAUACCUUCAAGAAGCGAUCGCCCGCGACAAAGCGGCUCGAAGCCUGCGGCCCUCCGCAGGUAGCGCUCAGCGAAUCUUCCAGGAUCUCCGCGCUUCCAAGCGAGCGAGCAGGAAGGAGAGCCGCUAUCGCGUGAUAGCCAGCCGUCGGCCUAGCUCUUCCCAAAUCGGUACGGUUGCGCCUCUCGUGAAUGGCAGGACGUCGGCUGAUGGCGACAGGUCAGACUCUGAAGCGAGGGAAGAUGCUUCCGAAAAAGGCAGCAGUGCUUCUGAUGAGAGUUCAGACUGCUGUGGGAAAUUCCAGUUAUUUGAUAUCGUACAAGAAGAGGAGGUGGCGGAAGACUGCAGCGUAACUGCAGCAAACCUGCAGAAAACUGCUGAUCCAGAUGUGAUUCUCUGCAACGCAGUAGAGAUGAUUCGUGAGCGUUUAAAUGUUUCCGAAGAUGGUAAGAAAGUCAAACACCAUGAGAAAGAAGAUGAGUAUGUUUAUGACAUCUACUAUAUGGAAACAUCAGCCCCUGGUUGGAUCCAAAACAUCCUGUCUGUCCAGCCCUAUAAAGAGGAAUAUGAACUGGUAGAUGAUGAUCAUAAUCCAGGGGAAAUAUAUGAAGACGAAGAUGAUGAAAAUGACGAAAAUAACUGGCGUAAUGACUAUCCUGAUGAAGAUGAGUUCUUACCCGAGGAAGAUGGUGAUGGAGAAAAGGAGUCUGAAGAGAGCUUGAGUGAUGAAGACCAGUGUUUCAGGAGAAGAACAUGGAACAAAUACCGUCGUGAGGUCUUGCAAGAAUUUGGAUAUGAUGAGGUCCAGGAUUUGGAUUCUGACUGACAGCGGGCUUCUUUGGGUUUUUUGGUUUUUGUGUGUGUGUUUUUUCUUUUUAAGAGGAAAUGCACAGAACUUGCAGCAGAACUGAAAUUCUAGAAAGCUGCUGGUGACUAUUCAUGAGAACGUUGAGUUAAAAAGAAAAAUAGAAAAGCACUUUCUGGUAAAAGCUGUACUCAUUGGGACAGUACGAAACCAGUCUUUAAGCUGAUGAACUUUAUGCUAAAUUUUUCAUACGUGACCUUUGUAAAACAUUCUGAAAGUGUUAGUGACUGGCAUGGUUCACCGUAAUGCUCGCUGCUUGUGCUUGAGCAUUAGAUAAAACUAGACUUUAGGAUUCCAGUAAAUAGUAACAGCUCACUUUAAUAUCUGAGCUGGGUUGUAGAUGUUAUUCAACUUUAGCUAGUAGAUAUGAAAACAGAUGAGUGUGAGUAUCAGCACUUUAAAACAUAAUUUUCUUUUUUAAGCAGAAGAUACGAUCUGGAUUAAGUUCAUUUGUGGGGAGGUAGUUUUGUUUUUUGUUUCCCUCCUUCUUCUACCUGUUCUGUGAUGCUGAGGUUGUGGAGAAAGCUAUUUUGAGCUGCACACCCAAUCGUUUAUAUCAAGAUGGGUAGCAUUAUAUGUGGAGAUAUGGCAAGCGGCAACCCUUAUUGUUGACAGUAACGUGUAAGGUUUUGCAAGAAGAUGAUGUCUACCAUGUGGCAAGAGAUGUAGGUCUCUUCCUGUAAAGGCAAGUAGGAGUCCUGGUAAAAGGUACUCUACUUCUUUCUGUGUUUAAACUCGUCUUUGCAAGUGUUUGACCCCACAAAAUAGUUUGACUUGACUCUUGUUCUGCUGUAUAAUACUUAUUAUAAAUGCAGUAUUGUCAUUCUCUGUUGAGGCUGGUGUGCAAUUUGGGCCUGUGAGAGUUAAGUGUAUCUUACACCUGCUCCUGUGCUUAGCUAAGUUUCCUUCUUGAGUUUACCAGGAAGCAGUGCACUGAAUGCUAGUCUCUUUUUUUUUUUCUGGGUAAAGUCACUGGAACAGAGUAGCAAAGAUGAAGCAUGUAACAAAGGGAACAAUCUGUUGUGCAGCUGUCAACCCAGCACCAUCAACAGUGUAAGAUAUGUAAGACAGGUAAAGCUGGGACUUGCCUCAUCUGACUGAUCCUUAUUAAGAGUGAGGGGUUUAACAAGAAUGGCUCUCUGCUGGAGUCUUGUGAUUCGCUGUCUGUAAAAAGGAUCCCCCAAAGCAGAAAAGUGGUCAAUUAGUUCUGACUGCUGCUGUCAUCAAGGUAACAGAGGUGAAGUUUUUGUUCUUGUUUUCAUGGAAAGGUUAAUAGGGCUCCUAAGAGGCAGAGGAGAGGUUAAAAUUGUGUUUCCCAUUAGACAGAGCUGUCUCUAUAGAUACAGCUUUUUAAGAAAAAAAAAAAAAGUCUUGUAUGUAAUUAGUUUUUAACUGUUUUAAUACUGCACUCAUUCUAAUUUUCAUUAAAGACUGAAAACACCCAUACGGGGCUUAUGCUCCAAGUUUGCACAAAGUUCCUCAGCUGGAUUUUAACUGUCUUAAAUCCAAAGGUGUGGCUUCAUAAAUUUACCCAAAGCCUCUAUUUUUUUAGUUUUUAAACAUGUAUUCACAAUUUCUAAACCAUUAAAUAUUUGUUUAAUAUAAACUUAGGCAGGAAGUCAGUACAAGAAUCCAAAUGUUUUUACUGUUACUGAAGUGGCUGAUGCAAAUGUGGAACAGCGUUUCAAGUAUGCGUGUCUUCAGCCACAAUCUUUUGAGUACAGGUUUUAGUUUAACUUGAAAUAAACACACAAACUGCACCUGGACAAACUUCAGCCAACUUAGGUCAACAUUUUGAAAUAAAAGAAUUCUGAUAUGUUUGGAAGUA